AUGAAAAGAACAUAUGAACAUUCUUUCAAGAAUAUUUCAGUUGUUAGUGAAACAGGAUGUUCGGGAAAUGCAGACUGUCCUGCUAACUCUGCAUGUAGUAGCUCAAAGUGCGCGUGUAAUACAGACUACACAGAAAAGGUGGAUACAUGCGUGAAAGCCGUAUCUGCCACAAGCUGCUCCGGCAGUGAGGCAUGCACAGGAAUAUCUAACUCGGCAUGUGAGGAUGGAAAUUGUGCCUGUAUUGACGGGUUCAUAGAAGAAAUCGACACCUGCACAAAAGUAAUUGGAAGUGCAUGCACAGGAACAAGUCCGUGUCCAGGUGCUACAAAUUCAGUUUGCACCAGUAACACAUGUGCAUGUAAAGCUAACUAUGCGGAAAAGGAAAACGUUUGUACACUCACUGUAAGCGGAACAACAUGUUCAGCAAACGGAAAUGAGUGUAAAGGUAUUGAAAAUGCACUGUGUGAUACAGACGCUGGUAAAUGUACAUGUAGCCCCAGUUUCACGAUAAACGUUGACACCUGCGUACCUGAAAACGCUGCUGCAUCUGUACAAGUUGAGGCUAUUACAAUGGUACUGUCUGUUCUUGCCACAAUUGUGUUGUUACGUUAUGCUUAG